AUGAACGAGUGCGCUAUCCUUCUUCCGACCGAAGAGGACAAGUGGUUAAAUUUCAACAAUUACGUGAGGAAGGAGCGAGUUCCGUUCGUGGUAUACGCUGAUCUGGAAUGCGUGCUGGAGAGGAAGGAGGAGAGGAAAACGCCGAACACGUCCAUCGUUCAGCAUCAUAAGGCUCACAGCGUGGGAUAUUACGCGCGAUGCGCGUUCGAUGACGCUAGAUCGAUGUACAGAUCGUAUCGCGGCGACGACUGCGUAUCGUGGUUCGUUCGGGAACUGCGAGAUCUAGCGUUUCGCGCAAGAGACUUUCUGAACACCAUCGCGCCUAUGACGCCUCUCACGGCGAACGAGCAGGAGAGAUUCUUUAGCGCGACGAGCUGUCACGUGUGCGAGAAACCGUUCGAGUCGAAGGACGUUCGCGUCCGCGAUCACUGUCAUUCGACCGGACGGUACAGAGGUCUCGCGCAUUUUAGUUGCAAUCUAAAUUAUAAGAAAACUUACAUCAUUCCUAUUUUCUUUCACAAUUUAUCGGGCUACGACGCGCAUUUUAUCAUUAGAGACGUGUCUAACGCCUUUCCCGGAAGCGUCGAGCUGUUGCCGUUAACUAAGGAAACGUACGUCUCCUUUUCGAAGAGCGUCGACGAAGCGUUAGACGAAGAGGGAAAGUUCGCGCGCGGAAAACACGUGAAGUUGCGUUUCGUGGAUUCUUUUAAAUUUCUUAGCGCAAGUCUCGAAAAAUUGGCGUCUUAUCUCGAUAAGAGCGAAUUGAAGAUCGCGCGGUCGGAAUUUCCCGAUCUCGACGACGCCGAUUUCGAGCUUCUUACGCGAAAAGGCGUAUUUCCGUACAAGUACGUCAACGAUAUCGAUAAGUUGCGCGAGACUCGUCUGCCGCCGCGCGAGGCGUUUCGUAGUUCGCUAACCGGCGAUACCGUAUCCGGUAGCGAUUAUGAGCGCGCGAUAAAAGUCUGGGAGCGAUUUCGCGUUCGGACGCUAGGUGAAUAUAGCGAUUUGUAUUUAAAAACCGACGUUCUUCUAUUAGCCGAUAUUUUCGAAAAUUUUCGCGACGCGUGUAUGAAGAGCUACGGUUUAGAUCCCGCGCAUUAUUACACGUUACCCGGAUAUACGUGGGACGCUAUGUUAAAGUAUACGGGAAUUCGAUUCGAGCUUUUAACCGAUAUCGAUAUGGUGAUGUUCGUGGAACGCGGAAUACGCGGCGGACUGAGUCAGUGUUCCAAUAGAUACGCGCGCGUUAAUAACAAAUAUUUACAAUCGUAUAAUCCCUCGGAACCAUCGUCGUAUCUUAUGUACUUCGACGUGAAUAAUUUAUACGGAUGGGCGAUGUGUCAAUCGUUGCCUUACGAGGAUUUUCAAUGGGUCAAGGACGUUUCGAAAGUCGACCUCGCGUAUCCGUCCAAUCUUCACGACUCUCACGCCGACUUGCCGUUUUGCCCGACGCGCGAUAAGCCGCCCGGAAAACGGCAGGACAAACUUCUCGCCACGCUGUACGAUAAGCAUCGUUACGUAACGCACUAUCGUAACUUGCAACAAUGCGUUAAACACGGAUUACGAGUUACGAAAAUACAUAGAAUAUUACAAUUCGCGCAAUCUUCGUGGUUGCGUGAAUACAUCGAACUGAAUACGCGAUUGCGAAUUAACGCUAAAAAUGAAUUCGAGAAAAAUCUGUACAAAUUAAUGAACAACGCCGUGUUCGGUAAAACUAUGGAGAACGUGCGUAAUCACUCGGACGUUCGACUAGUGACUCGGUGGGACGGGCGAUACGGCGCGGAAGCGAUGAUGGCUAAACCCAACUUUCAUAGUAGAAGCGUUUUCGCGGAGAAUUUAAUGGCCGUAGAAUUGCGCAAAUUGGAAGUUAAAUUUUACAAACCGAUUUACGUAGGAAUGUGUAUCCUCGAUAUAUCGAAGAUUCGUUUGUACGAAUUUCAUUACGAGUAUAUGUUAUCGUUGUAUCGAGAUAAGUGCGAAAUAAUGUACACCGACACGGACAGUCUUAUCUAUCGCGUCGAGUGCGAAGACGUGUACGAGGAUAUGAAACGCGAUAUCGAUAGAUUCGACACGAGCGAUUACGCGACGGACAAUGCGUACGGUAUGCCUCUCGUUAAUAAGAAAGUACCGGGUUUAAUGAAAGACGAAAAUAAUGGCGCAAUUAUGACGGAAUUUGUCGGACUUAAAGCGAAAAUGUACGCGCUACGAAUAGACGGUAGAGACGAAACGAAGAAGAUUAAAGGCGUGAAGAGCGCCGUUGUCGCGAGAACGAUAACCUUCGACGAUUACACGCGUUGCCUGCGACGAGAUAUCGAGAUGACGCGCGAACAGUCGUGCUUAAGAUCGAAGUUACACGAGGUAUACACGAUAUCGGAGUCGAAGAUCGCGCUUAGUCCGUACGACGACAAGCGGUACGUCGUACCCGGAACGACGAACACUCUACCGUGGGGGCAUUAUAAAAUACCGUUGUAA